GUAGCACACGGAUACAGUUCACAACUGUCAUAAUUCAGAAUGUCAGUGAAAAGUCACAUGGAUUAAGAUUUUUUUAUUUAAUUCAGUUAUUUUUAUACGCUAUGUGAGGCAAAUUGUAUAGGUGUUUGUAUUCUGUUGACCGACGUAGGUAUAAGAUUAAGGAAAGGAGAGAAAAACAAAGGUGACCGUCAGUCUUGCAUUCAUUGCAAUGGUGUAACUGCAUUUAUAGAUCUAGACUCGCGUACACUAUGAAGACAUAAACAAAACAUACACAAUUAUGUGACAGCUCUGAGAAGUGUCUUUUUAUUUGGUAAAGACAACAGAAUACAUUUAGCCAGAGACACCACGACCUCGCAUACAGGACGAUGGCAAACAAACACAGAUUCUUUUUUCUUAGAUCAGCCCAGCAGUCGUUAGCAUGGGCUCAUAACUUCUCCAGAAACUGCUCUACUUACUCAUCAGGUCAAAGCAGCUUGAGAAGCCACACAUGUGGAGAAUUGUGUUGGAGUCAUGUAGAUGAAGAGGUUACUUUAUGUGGCUGGGUUCAGUACUUGAGGCAAGAUCUUUUUGUGAUCUUGAGAGACUUCAGUGGAUUGGUGCAAAUUCUUAUCCCACAGGAUGAGUCUAAAUCUGAAUUGAAGAAUGCUUUUCUUGGUCUCACUGUGGAGUCCGUCAUCAUGGUUAAAGGAAGGGUCAGGCGUAGACCAGAGGGACAGGAGAAUAAGAAAAUGUCCACAGGAGAAAUUGAGGUCUGUGCUGAGAGCAUGGAGGUGUUGAAUACCUGCCGAAAGCUGCCGUUUGAAAUUAAAGAAUUUGUCAAAAAAUCUGAAGUCCUCCGGAUGCAGUAUCGGUAUCUUGAUCUUCGGUCGCCCAGGAUGCAGUACAAUUUAAGACUGAGAUCACAAAUGGUGAUGAAAAUGAGGGAGUUCCUUUGCAAUUUGCAUGGAUUUGUGGAUGUGGAAACACCAACAUUGUUUAAGAGAACACCAGGGGGUGCCAAAGAGUUUGUGGUGCCAACUGGAGACCCUGGGAAGUUCUACUCUCUGCCACAGAGCCCGCAGCAGUUCAAACAGCUUCUUAUGGUGGCUGGCAUAGACCGGUACUUUCAGCUCGCUCGCUGCUACAGAGACGAGGGCUCCAAGCCUGACAGACAGCCUGAAUUCACACAGGUGGAUAUUGAAAUAUCCUUUGUAGACCAGGCGGGAGUCAUGAGUUUGAUUGAAGGCUUGAUCCAUUACUCCUGGCCAGAGGACAAAGGACAGAUGAAUGUUCCUUUUCCCUCCAUGACUUAUGAGGAAGCCAUGAGAGACUACGGAGUUGACAAACCAGACACUAGAUUUGGGAUGAAGCUUGUGGAUGUCAUCACAGCAUUCCAGGGAACACAAAUUGAGUUUAUCAAAGAUGCACUUCUUAAACCAGGCGGCUGCAUUCAGGCCAUCUGCGUCCCAGAAGGAACGAAUCACCUGAAGGGCAAAGACUUGGAGUUCCUGAAACAAACAGCCAAGACACAGUAUGGUCAGGAGGUGAGUGUGGCUCCAGUAAGGGCAGAUGGUUCACUGAAAUCCCCUCUCAGCCGGCUGCUUUCGGACACGGCCAAACAGCAGCUGCUCCAGAUGGCCCAGGCCAAUGCUGGAGACCUGAUCUUCAUCACAGCCGGACCCUUGGAGAACGUGCGCCCUCUGUUGGGGAAGCUGAGACUGCAGUGCGCGGAACUGCUUGAGUGCUAUGGCGUGCCUGUUCGUGACCCAUCUGUCUUUCACUUCUUGUGGGUGGUGGACUUUCCCCUCUUCUUACCCAAAGAGGACGAUCCAGAGAUGCUUGAGUCUGCCCACCAUCCCUUCACUGCUCCAGUCCCCGAGGAUGCCCAUCUGCUCUACACCCAACCCCACAAGGUGCGUGGCCAGCAUUACGACUUGGUGCUGAAUGGCUGCGAGAUCGGAGGAGGUUCGAUUCGCAUCCACAAUGCCUCUCAGCAGCUGUACAUCCUGGACACGAUUCUCAAGGAGGACCCAUCACUUCUUUCUCAUUUAUUGGAGGCUCUGGACUCCGGGGCCCCUCCUCAUGGUGGAAUCGCAUUAGGUGAGUGA